UUUUUUUUUUUGGCAGGUGAAGCGUUGUGCUGUCAUUACUCUCUCUUCUCAAUCUCCAUUACUUUCUAUCUUUCUCUCUUUCUCAAUCUCUCAUAGCUUCUCAGGUAUUUGGAGAGAGAAACUCGGAUUGGAAAGCAAAACUAGAUCCGCUGCUGCUUCUGUGUUUAUCUACUUCAAUGGCGUCCAAGCUCUUGCUUAUCAUCGUCUUCAUUUUCGAUCUCAUUGCCUUUGGUUUGGCGGUUGCUGCUGAGCAGAGAAGAAGCACGGGAACAACAAAAGAAGACAGUGAGAAGUACUACACCUAUUGUGUUUAUGACUCUGAUAUUGCCACUGGGUAUGGUGCCGGUGCUUUUUUGUUCCUAAUGGCCAGUCAAAUACUUAUAAUGGUUGCCAGUAGAUGCUUUUGUUGUGGGAACCCACUGAAACCCGGAGGCUCAAGGGCUUGUGCAGUGCUUCUCUUCAUAAUGUGCUGGGUAACAUUUUUAAUAGCCGAGAUUUGCUUGCUGGCUGGCUCGGUGAGGAAUGCUUACCACACAAAGUACAGAUCAAGGUUUUUCGAUAACCCGCCAUCUUGUGAGACGGUGAGGAAAGGAGUUUUUGCAGCAGGGGCAGCCUUUGUUUUGUUUACAGGGAUAAUAUCCGAGUUCUAUUACGUCAGUUAUUCCAAGGCUCGUGGAGGUUUUGGGCCCCAUGGAGGGGAAAUUGGAGUUGGCAUGGCAGCAUACAAGUAGUGAGAGUCUUGAAUAAAAUUUCCAUGUACUUUAAGUUUGAUAAUGUAAUUGAUGAUGAUUUUGCAUUUUUUGUUUUGUAAACUUGUCUUUGGGAUGUAGGGUUUUUGGUGAGCAAUAUAUAUAAAUCUCUUUUAUCAUUUUGAUUUGGGUUGUCUUCAUGCAAAUAUUCUGUAGUUUGUGCAUAUGGAUUAUACGGUGUUCCAUGGAUAGGUCAUAUGUAUGUAUGUGUGCCUUUUGAUAUGAUAUAGUUGAAAAAUGAAUGGACAAGAGAUUGUGAUU